UGUGGUGGAAGUAGGUCAGUCAGCGACGAAAAAGAAAACAAAAGUUUACUCCUUGGCCACACCUGACAUCUCUUAUUUAAGAUGGGGGAGAGGUUGCAAAGUCAAAAAACUUAUGUUUGCUCAUUUUUUGAUUGUAAAGCUACAUUCAGUAAACCGUGGAGGCUUGAUGCUCACCUUUGCAAACACACAGGAUUGAAACCAUUCUCCUGUGAGAGCUGUGACAAGAGCUUCUGCACCCGCUACCAACUCACCAGACAUGAGCUCAGUCACAGUGGGGAAAAGCCACACAAGUGUCCGGCUGAUGGUUGCUCCGAGGCCUUUGUCAGGAACGCCAGCCUGAAGAACCACAUGGCCCGAGUCCAUCAGCAACAGGAAAAGAGAUUUCAAUGUGAUCAUCAGGGCUGUGAAAAGGAAUUCAACAAGAGGAACCAGCUGAAAGCUCAUCAGUGUGAGCACCAAGAGAGUCUGCCUUUUCAUUGUUCCUUGACUGGAUGCACGAGAGAAUUUCUCACUCUUAAAAAACUGAAGCAUCAUGAGAAAAUACAUGAAGGCUACCCUUGUGAGAUUGAAGGGUGUCCUUUUCAGGGAAAAACUUGGUCAAAUUAUCUGAAGCACAGAAAAGAACACAAAGACAAGGUGCUGUGUGGACAGUGCAACAAGCUGUUCAGCAACUUCUGGUUCUUGCGCCUGCAUGAGCUUCGCGUCCACUCCGGGGAAAAGAGAAUGUUUCCGUGCCCCAAAGAAGGUUGUGAGAAAAAGUUCACUCGCCGCUUCAACUUGGAGAGCCAUGUGCUGGGAGACCAUGAGGGGAAGAAGCCCUUCAGCUGUGCUGUUCCUGGCUGUAACAAGAGCUUUGCCAUGAAGGAAAGCCUGUGGCGACAUGGAGUGGUGCAUGACCCAGCAAAGAAAAAGCUGAAGAAACUGCAUCCUAAAAAGAAUCGGCCCAUGGCACCGCGGGCCGGACCGGCAGCUGCAGCCAAUCAAGCGGAGGCCAACGAGCUUGCUGCAAAGCUACACAGCACAACUCUGGAGAAUGACAGACCUUGAGGCUGUGUUAAGAUCUGGAUGUGUUCUUUAAUGAUGAAACAUCACAUUUCUGUUUUUGUUUGAAUAAAAGCCUCAUCAAUGCACUA